GACCCCACAUCGUCCAGCGCCGCUAACCCCGCCCCUCUGCGGAGAGAACGGGAGCUCCAUUCAAACACACCAAACUGGUAGCCCCGGGAUGCGACAGUCGCUGUAGCUGAAGAGAAAGGUGGAAGAAGUGGAAGAAGAACAGAAACACACUCUCUACCCCCGAAAUCAUCCGAGCAGGGCGGUCACACAGCCAGCCAGAGACACCAGAGCCCGCAGCCGGAACAUCCUCACCGAGCGCACUCUGCUAGUAGGAGGCUAACGGCACCAACAUGGCGAGCGCCUCGUACCACAUCUCCAACCUUCUGGAGAAAAUGACCUCCAGCGACAAGGAUUUCAGAUUUAUGGCAACUAACGACCUGAUGACGGAGCUUCAGAAAGACUCGAUCAAGCUGGACGACGACAGCGAGAGGAAGGUGGUGAGGAUGAUUCUCAAACUGUUGGAAGACAAGAAUGGAGAAGUUCAGAACUUGGCUGUCAAAUGCCUGGGCCCUCUGGUCAGUAAGGUGAAGGAGUACCAGGUGGAGACGAUCGUGGACACUCUGUGCACCAACAUGCUUUCAGACAAAGAGCAGCUUAGAGACAUUUCCUCCAUUGGACUCAAAACAGUCAUUGGAGAGCUACCGCCGGCCUCCAGUGGCUCGGCUUUAGCGGCCAGCGUCUGUAAGAAGAUAACGGGUCGUUUGACGAGCGCUAUCGCCAAACAGGAAGACGUGUCUGUGCAGCUGGAGGCACUUGACAUCAUGGCCGACAUGCUCUGCAGACAGGGGGGUCUGCUGGUGAAUUUCCACCCCUCCAUCCUCAGCUGCCUUCUGCCUCAGCUCACCUCCCCCCGGCUGGCCGUCAGAAAGAGGACCAUCAUGGCUCUGGGCCACCUGGUUAUGUCCUGCGGAAAUCUGGUAUUCAUUGACCUGAUCGAGCACCUCCUCGCCGAGCUGGGGAGGAAUGACAACAUGUCGACCACCAGGACAUACAUCCAGUGCACGGCCGCCAUCAGCAGACAGGCUGGACACAGGAUCGGUGAGUACCUGGAGAAGAUCAUCCCUCUAGUGGUGAAGUUCUGUAACGUGGACGAUGACGAGCUCAGAGAGUACUGCAUCCAGGCCUUCGAGUCCUUCGUCAGGAGGUGUCCCAAAGAAGUUUACCCACACGUCCCCACCGUCAUCUCCAUCUGCCUGCGCUACCUGACCUACGACCCCAACUACAACUUUGAUGAUGAAGAUGAGGAUGACAACGCCAUGGAUGCUGAGCAGAACGACGAAGACUAUCAAGGCAGCGACGAUGAGUACAGUGAUGAUGACGACAUGAGUUGGAAGGUUCGAAGGGCGGCGGCGAAGUGUUUAGAUGCUGUCGUCUCGACUCGUCAUGAGAUGCUCCCGGAAUUCUACCGCACCGUGUCUCCUGCGCUCGUCUGUCGCUUCAAGGAGAGGGAGGAGAAUGUAAAGGCGGAUGUUUUCCACGCCUACUUGUCGCUGCUCAAACAGACCAGACCAGCUCAGAGCUGGUUGGCUGAUCCAGACGCCAUGGAGCAAGGAGACACGCCGCUGACGAUGCUGCAGAGCCAGGUCCCCAUGAUUGUGAAAGCUCUGCACAAACAGCUAAAGGAGAAAAGCGUGAAAACCCGUCAGUGCUGCUUCAACAUGCUGACCGAGCUGGUGAAUGUCCUCCCGGGCGCCCUGACUCAGCACAUCCCGGUCCUCAUACCAGGUAUCAUUUUCUCUCUGAACGACAAGUCGAGCAGCUCAAACCUGAAGAUCGACGCUCUAGCCUGCCUCCACGUCAUCAUGGUCACACACCCCGCUCACGCCUUCCAUGCCCAUGUCCCUGCCCUUGUCCCGCCCGUGGUGUCAUGCGUGGGAGACCCCUUUUACAAGAUCACCUCUGAGGCUCUGCUCGUUACUCAACAGCUUGUAAAGGUUAUCCGACCACUGGACAGCCAAUCAGAAGCCAGCGACAGCUUCGAUCCCUCCCCUUACAUUAACGACCUGUUCACCUGCACCAUCAAGCGCCUGAAGGCCGCCGACAUUGACCAGGAGGUGAAAGAGCGAGCCAUUUCCUGUAUGGGGCAGAUCAUCUGUAACCUAGGUGACCAUCUGCCUGCUGAGCUUCCGGGAACGCUGCUGAUCUUCUUAGAACGCCUCAAGAAUGAGAUCACAAGGCUGACAACGGUGAAAGCUCUGACGCUGAUUGCCGGCUCACCACUGAAAAUCGACCUGAGGCCCGUUCUUCCCGACGCCGUUCCUAUCCUCGCCUCCUUCCUCCGGAAGAACCAGCGUGCCCUGAAGCUCUGCACGCUGGCCGCUCUGGACAUCCUGCUCAGAAACUACAGCUCUGCGGUGACUCCGGUCAUGGUAGAUGCUGUCCUGGCCGAGCUGCCUCCUCUGAUCUCUGAGAGCGACAUGCACGUGUCUCAGAUGGCGCUGAGCUUCCUGUCCACGUUGGCAGUGACUCACCCAUCCUCACUGGGUCAGCUGAGCGGAGGGAACAUCCUCCAGCAGCUUAUUGCGCUGGUUCGAUCCCCGCUACUGCAAGGAGGCGCGCUUUCUGCUGCUAUGCUCGACUUCUACCAGGCGCUCGUGGCCACCGACACUCCCGGCCUGGGCUACAUGGACCUGCUUAGGAUGCUCACUGGCCCCGUUUACUCCCAGAGCGCCGCCCUGCCGCACAAACAAGCGUACUGCUCCAUUGCCAAGUGCGUCGCUGCUCUGACCAGAGCCUGUCCCACUGAGGGGCCCGCCGUGGUGGGACAGUUCAUCCAGGAUGUGAAGAACAGCCGUUCCACAGACUCCAUCAGGCUCCUCGCUUUGCUCUCAUUGGGCGAGGUUGGACACCACGUGGACCUCAGCGGCCAACCAGAGCUCAAGACUGUCAUCCUGGAUGCUUUCUCCUCCUCCAGUGAAGAGGUGAAAUCGGCGGCCUCGUACGCGUUGGGCAGCAUAGCAGUGGGGAACCUGCCAGAGUACCUGCCCUUCGUCCUGCAGGAGAUCUCCUCCUCCAAGAGGCAGUACCUGCUGCUUCACUCGCUCAAAGAGAUCAUCAGCUCGGCAUCCGUCUCCGGGCUGAAGCCCUACGUGGAGUCUGUUUGGUCACUGCUGCUCAAACACUGCGAGUGUCAGGAGGAGGGAACCAGGAACGUGGUAGCCGAGUGUUUGGGCAAACUGACGCUGAUCGACCCCGAGACGUUGCUGCCCCGCCUCAAAGGAUACCUGCUCUCAGGUUCGUCUUACGCUAGGAGUUCUGUGGUAACGGCUGUGAAGUUUACCAUCUCUGACCAGCCGCAGCCCAUUGACCCACUGCUGAAGAACUGCAUAGGUGAUUUCCUGAAGACGCUGGAGGAUCCAGACUUGAAUGUGCGGCGUGUUGCCUUGGUAACGUUCAACUCCGCCGCCCACAAUAAACCCAGUCUGAUCCGCGAGCUGCUAGACUCGGUUCUACCGCAGCUGUACAACGAGACCAAAGUCCGGAAGGAGCUGAUCCGAGAGGUGGAGAUGGGACCCUUCAAACACACGGUGGAUGAUGGGCUGGACCUUAGGAAGGCUGCGUUCGAGUGUAUGUACACUCUGCUGGACAGCUGCCUGGACCGACUCGACAUCUUCACCUUCCUCAACCACGUGGAGGACGGUCUGAAGGACCACUACGACAUCAAGAUGCUGACCUUCCUGAUGCUGGCUAGACUGUCAUCUCUGUGUCCCAGUGCUGUUCUUCAAAGACUGGACAGACUAGUGGAGCCACUGAGGGCCACCUGUACCACAAAGGUAAAGGCGAACUCAGUGAAGCAGGAGUUCGAGAAGCAGGACGAGCUGAAGCGGUCUGCGAUGCGAGCCGUUGUCGCACUGCUCACCAUCCCCGAGGCCGAGAAGUCACCGCUGAUGUCAGAGUUUCAGUCUCAGAUCUCAUCUAACCAGGAGCUGGCGGCUAUCUUCGACUCCAUCCAGAGAGACUCCAGCUCUGCCAACAUGGAGUCCAUGGAUACCAGUUAAAAAAACCCCAUGGACAAAAAGAAGUUCCCACGAUGCAACACGGCACCACCCGCUGCUGGAGCGCUAACCCUGCAGCAUGUUUCCAUGACAACAGGACGCAAACACACACACACACACACACACACACACACACACACACACACAAUUGUAGUGACACACCCUCUCCUAGCGAUCGAUCGUUCCAUGAUGCAUUGCACUGAAUCAGCUGUUGGAAGAGAAAGGAAGUGGACGGACGGAUGGACGGCUCACACACGGAGAAAUAGGACAAAAACAAAAAAUUACAUACAAGGCUUGGAAGCUCCUCCCACUUCCUCUUUGUUUUUCUAGCGAGGUCAUCUAACUGGUUGAUCUCCUUGUUCAUCCUCAUUCUUCUCUUGUUUUUUUUUCUCUUUUCUUUUUUGUAAUUCCUGAAAGUUCCACAGGUACUGUACUGCAACCUGAUUCGCCGCUGCUGAGUGACUGACAGUUGGCAUGUUAUCGAAACUGACCAAUGGAAGGGCAGGGGGGAAACAGCCUUUUCCGCCUAAGCUGUGGUGACCAAUGGGAGAAGGGCUCGCUCUGGGUUUUUUUUUUUUCUUUCUUCCUUUUUUGAUUGAUGUAGGCAACCAAUAGGAGGCUAUGGGGAGAUGAGCAGCGGGCGGGAUUUUACUGUGUGUGGACCAAUCAGCAUCUUUGUUUCCUCCUGAUUCAGUAGAUCCACCAUUGACCCCUCUUAGGAAGGAAGUGAGAGUGGAAAGAGGAGGGAUUAUUGGAUCAGGCCUCAUCUGACCAGACCUGAUUGGACCAUAGUGGCUGUUGCCGUGGUAUUGCAGUGUAAAAAACAAAGUAACAGUGUUCUGCUGGUUGUCCAGUCUGGCUGCCUCAAACUCAUUUCUGCUGGUUUAGUCCAGUCAGCAUGGGUUUGAUUUUUACUGUCUUACUGGUUUCAUUGGUUUAAUCCGGUUAAACUGGGUCCAGUCUAGUUCAUUCCGGUUCAUUCUGGUCUGGUCAAGACAAUCCACUGUUGUUAAUCGCCCGAGGAAAAAUAAAAAGGUCCAUUUCUGCCUGCC